GGUGGACUAUGUGCAGAGUCCAAUCUUUGCUUCUCAUUUGCAAUCCCUACAUUGCUCCACCGACUGCAGCCAAAACAUUCAAUACCAAGCAGAACGAUCCAAUAUGGCUUGGGUACGCUCAGAAAUUGCUACACUAUUCUCCCAGCUGCACCACGUAACAGUCCUUCGUCGCACCGAGUGCAGUGGAGAAGCAGUUUCACCAGAAGGCCGCCUUUCCAACAUUGCUGCAUUUUGGACAUUGACUGUAAGCAUUGCGGCGGAGAGGGCCUGGUAUAUGCUAGGCUUCACUCACACUUUGCCAGAGGCUCUCUGUGGAUUGUUGGAUGAAGAUCAGGGCAGAUCACGAGAUUGCAUGGAUCGGUUUGUUUUGAUGUCCAAGAUUUACUUGGAGGCAGAUGAGGCUUUCGAGAACCCGAUGAAUGAUGAUAGGGUUGUUGCUGAGGCUUUGACCAAUAGCUCUGAAGCAAGCACUCGACCAAUUGUGGUGGCCACGCUUGCAGCUGGUGCGACUCAUCAUUGCGAAAUGUCGUGCGUGCAAUUGGCUGAGAAGCUCAAUCUGGAGAUUUGUUUGGCGAAUGAAGACAUUUUGCAAGAGCUGAACAAUGCUUCACGUGCAAACAGGCGCAAGGACAUGAGGCUCACGAGGGCCAUGUAUUGCGCAGCGGAAUCAAAGCGAUUGGACUCGUUGCCGUGUGAAAGACUGAGGUUGAUGCCGGGUGAUCUUGCUGCCUACGGACACACUCAGAAAAUCACCGUGGAUGAUUUCAAGCCAAGGAAAGAACGUGAAGCAUCAGCAAAAUCUUCAGAGUUGGUCAGCAAGAUCAUUAGGUUGAUCAAACAAGAUGCGUCGAGCACGCAACCAGAUGAUGAAGUGAAGCCAGCCGGAACAGAGGCUGAAGAGAGAGCAGUCGCAGCAUAUCUGGCACUCAAGCACUCGCGCGAUUUCUGCUUUGCUGGGCUCGGCGAUAUGUGGCUUUCAUGUUUGCUGCAACGUGGGCAAUUGUUCCAGCGGAAAGCAGACAAUCAGUGCUUUGUCAGCCUUGGGUUCCAAGAAUAUGUUUGCUUGGGGUGGAGAUUAGAGAAGGUUGAUUUGCAGGACGGUUCCAUUGCGUACUGGAAGUCUCCGGCUUGUGAUGAUCACUACUCUGCGAUUGCAAAUCUUCAGACUCUGAUUGUCACAGGACUGAGUGGGCUACAGCGGACAGACAAAAAUGAAGAGUUUGCAGGCAUCCCAUUCAGCUUCUGCAGUCCUGAUGACCUUCCGCGUGGACAUCGACAUCAUGGCAUCCUACUUCGGCAAACAGAAUCACCAGAAUCUCUUCUUCGCUAUAUGCUCUGCAACGGAGCAUUGGUUGGUAUCACAGACGAACGCUUGAAGCUCUUGGUUGCCCGCACUAAAGCCAAGAUUGUCAAGAUUCAGGAGAAGUCCAUUGGCAAGAGGUCAUUGCUAUGGAGCCUGAUACUCCACGUCUUUCCUGAAAAAUCUGCUGAUGAGAAAAUGGAAAUGUUAGUGGAAUUGAUGGGCAAGGCCAAAGUCAAAGAGGUUGUGCCAAACGAAAUCAUCGAUCAGGCGCUGAAUGCAAUGCCUCACGAAGAAGUCAAAGCUGAUUUUGAAUCUCUGAGAAACAGUGUGGACAAGGCAAUGAUGUCCGAGAAAUUCAAAGCAGAGGUUACCAGGAAGGUGGGAGUGAGAGGCGAACGAGAGCACUCUACGCCGGAGGCGAUCAAGAAUUUACGACCUCAAUGGAAGCAAUGUGUGCUUUGCAUGGAUGUGGGUUUAUCAUCGUUUGAAGCUUACUAUCCAGCAGGGAGACCUACAAAGUCAGUAUCCAUGAAGUGGAAGAAGAGUGGUGAUGACCAAGGGCAAGACAACGCACGAAGCAAACUGUCUGCUCUAAACUAUUGUUUAGAGUUUCUUUGGCGCAACCAUGAGGAGAAGGGAAGAGACACUGGGCAGAGCUAUGUGCAUUGGAUUGCAGCCAAAAGCCAGAUCCAGCACGGGUUGAAACAGCGCUUGCAGAAGCAUUUGCGUGUUCAGAUGAUGCUGCUGCAGUGGAUUCAGGAGAUGAACCUGCCGCAGCCAGUAUCGCUUUGCACUCCUGGCGAGCUGAUUGCAGUGCUGCUUCUUCACUUUAAUGAGGGUGGUGGGGUGCUAGCUCGCAGUGCACGCUCUGCAUUGCUGCACAUCAUGAGCACUUUGGCAGAAUCUUUGUCAACUUCGCCACCAAUGCAAGACGCAGGAGAUUGGAUGAGUGGGUUGAGGACGCGGGACCUUGCUGCAAGUGGCUACUUUGAUUGGGUUCACCAGAAAGUCGAUGAGGCCAUGAAGUGGAACUAA